UGCAGCGAGCCCGCGGGCACCCCUCCCGCGCCAGCCUCGGCCCGCCCCGCCCACCGCGACCCCUGCUGCAGGGGAGCGGAGACCCGGCGGCCGCUCGGGACUCGGACGAGAGCGACGCAAGGUCAGCGGCGGCGGCGCGCCGAGGGCGCCCGUGUGCCGGGUGCGCGGCGAGGACGCCCGCCAGCUCGCGGAAGGGCUCCCUGGACUAUCCAGAAGCCGAUUCUAUCAUGGCAGAACUCAAGGUGGAGACUCGGGCCAGUGUAGACUGGCAGAAACGCUGCCUGGCCCUGGAAACACAGCUUUUCCGGUUCCGCCUCCAGGCCAGCAAGAUAAGGGAGCUGCUGGCUGACAAGAUGCAGGAUUUGGAGCAGAGGCUGCUGGAGGCUGAGCAGAGAGCAGAGAACGCUGAGACCCAGGUGGGUGUCAUGGAAGAGAAGGUAAAACUGUCCAGUCUGCAGACUGUGGACUCAGUGGGCAGCCUGCAUCGGAAAUACCAAGCGCUGCUGAAAGCCGUGCAGGGCAAAGACGAGCUCAUCAGCCAGCUGGAGGCACAGCUGGAGGAGCAGAAGCAGAUGAGAGCUGAGGAAGCAAAAAUUGUUCAAGAAAAAGCUACCAAGAUCAAGGAAUGGGUGACGCUAAAGUUAGCAGAGCUUGAGAUGGAGAAUCAGCAGCUGAAAAGCUGUAAUGAGCGCCUGGUGGAGCAGGUGGGAGCCCUUCAAGAUGCGCUAGAAGCUCUUCAGAUGGCUCCUUCGGGGAAGCUGCUGGUGACCCCGCAGGGAGCCCCAGAGCAGGAUUCUGUUUCUUCAGGGCCAGGACCCCAGACUACGCGCCGGGACAGUGGUCCCCAGGCCCAGGGUCUGAAGAUGGCUGUGCCUGCACCUUCUCCAGGUGCCCUGCGGAGCAAGGACUCUGUUUCUGAAGCAGGAAGCCCCUUGGAGGAGUCUAGUUCCAGUGUCAUUCACUCUGGGGAAACAGCAGAGGCCAAGACCCUUCAACCUCAUCUGGAAAGAGAGGGCUCUCCUCAACAGCUGUGCGUGAAGCCUCAUAUCCCCAGAUGUGGCUCAGCUUCUUGGAGUGAGGGCCUGGUCGCUGCUCAGGGAGGGAUGCCCCCUGGGACAAAGACCUAUGCUAGGGAAGGUGUCCCUGGCAGCAGCCUAACCCUGCCAAAGGCGCGGGCUCCUGGCACCCCCAGGGACAGCAUCCAGGUGGCCAAAAGGCACCACAGCCAGCCCCAGGUGGGCCCCGGGCACUUUGACCACGUGGUGAGCAUUGAGAUUGGGGCCUUCUCAGCUCUCCACCCCUCCGGCCUUCGAGCGCUGGAGGCCCCAGCUGAGUUCCGGGAAGAACCAGAGCAAAUGGAGAUGGAGGAGCUGCCCCCAGCAAGGAGGAAGGAGGAAAGAGAAGGCCUGAAGGCCCCUGGAGCUGAGCUGGAGGAAGUGGAGCUGGGGAAAAAACCGCCCACACCCCCCCUGCACCGGUUUCCAUCCUGGGAGAGCCGGAUCUACGCUGUGGCCACAUCGGGCAUGCAGCUCUCAGAUGUGUCUCCCAAAAGUAUCACUGCCUGCUGCGCUUCAAGCCCUCCUGCCCUUGCAUCCCCUGGGCCUUUCUCUGGCCUCAUCUACAAGAAUGUCACCGUGCCUGUCUACACAGCACUGAAGGGGAGAGCCACCCAGAUCAGCAACGUGCCCCUUGUGGAUGAGUCCUCUGGGUCCGAUGAUGACUGCAGCUCUCAGGCGAGUUUCCGAGCUUCAGUCCCCUGCUCUGAGGCCAGGAAGACCAGUGGACUAGGCAGCCCUCGAGCCAUCAAGAGAGGCGUCUCCAUGUCCUCACUGAGCUCCGAGGGCGACUACGCCAUCCCCCCAGACGCCUGCUCGUUGGACAGUGACUACUCAGAGCCUGAGCACAAACUGCAGCGCACCUCAUCCUACUCCACCGACGGGGAGUCACUGGAGAAGUCGGGCUACCUGCUGAAAAUGGGGAGCCGGGUGAAGACGUGGAAGAGGCGCUGGUUUGUCCUGAGACAGGGACAGAUUAUGUACUACAAGUCCCCGAGUGAUGUCAUCCAGAAACCUCAAGGUCAAGUGGAUCUGAACUCCCGUUGUCAAAUUGUUCGAGGGGAGGGUGCCCAGACAUUCCAGCUCAUCUCUGAGAAGAAAACCUACUACCUGACGGCUGAUUCACCCAGCCUGCUGGAGGAGUGGGUCCGAGUGCUUCAGAGCCUGCUGAAGGUGCAGACCACUGGGCCUCCAGCCCUGCCUCGGGGUGGCACCAAGCCCACAGUCAAGGGCUGGCUGACCAAGGUAAAGCAUGGCCACUCCAAGCUGGUCUGGUGUGCUCUGGUUGGGAAAACUUUCUACUACUAUCGGAGCCAUGAGGACAAGCGACCCCUGGGCCGUCUGCCUGUGCGGGAUGCACGCAUAGCGGAAGUAGAUCGAUCCUGUGACUCAGACGAGGACUAUGAGGCUGGAGGAACCGGCCGGCUGCUUUCCUCCCACUGCACCCUGGUGAUCCACCCCCCAGAGCACAGCCCCACCUACCUCCUCAUCGGCACAAAGCACGAAAAGGAUACGUGGCUUUACCACCUCACAGUGGCUGCAGGUGGCAGCAGUGCCAAGGUGGGCACUGCCUAUGAGCAGCUCAUUGGAAAACUGAUGGAUGGUGAGGGAGACCCAGAUUCCCCGCUCUGGAGGCACCCCAUGCUGUGCUACAGCAAAGACGGGCUGUACACCUCCCUCACCACGCUGCCCUCUGAGGCCCUGCAGACGGAGGCCCUCAAGCUCUUCAAGUCCUGCCAGCUCUUCAUCAACGUGCCCGUGGAAGCCGCCUCAGUGGACUACCACGUGUCCCUGGCCCAGACGGCACUGCAGGUCUGCCUGGUUCACCCUGAGCUGCAGAGCGAGAUCUACUGCCAGCUCAUGAAGCAGACCAGCUGCCGCCCGCCUCAGAAGUACUCCCUCAUGCAGUGCUGGCAGCUCCUGGCUCUGUGUGCCCCACUUUUCUUGCCUCAGCAUCAUGUCCUCUGGUAUGUCAAACAGCAGCUCCAACGCCAUGCAGAUCCCAGGAAUGAAACUGGCCAAUAUGCCACCUACUGCCAGCGGGCAGUGGAGCGGACCCUGCAGACUGGGGAGCGGGAAGCCCGGCCAUCACGCAUGGAAGUGGUGUCCAUCUUGCUGCGCAACCCCUUCCACCACUCCUUGCCCUUCAGCAUCCCCGUGCACUUUGCCAACGGGACUUACCAGGUGGUUGGUUUUGACGGCUCCUCCACAGUUGAUGAGUUCCUCCAGCGGCUGAACCAGGAGACAGGCAUGAGAAAGUCAUCCCACUCUGGCUUUGCCCUCUUCACAGACGAUCCUUCCGGCAGGGACCUGGAACACUGCCUGCAGGGGAGUGUCAAGAUCUGUGAUGCCAUCUCCAAGUGGGAACAAGCCCUGAAGGAGCUGCAUGCUGGAAAGUCUGAGGGUGGGACACGUGUCGUGAAGCUGAUGUACAAGAACAGGCUGUACUUUCGCAGUCAAGUCAAAGGGGAGACGGACCGAGAGCGGCUGCUCCUUGCCUCCCAAACUAGCGGAGAGAUAGUAGCAGGGAGGUUUCCUGUCAACAAGGAACUGGCUCUAGAGAUGGCUGCUCUGAUGGCCCAGGUCGAAUAUGGGGACUUGGAGAAGGCUGUCCUGCCAGGCGCUGGGGGCACACCCCCUGCCAAAGCUCAGCAUCUCCUCCAGCAGGUCCUAGACAGGUUCUACCCAAGGCGCUACAGACACGGGGCCCCCCCAGAACAGCUGAGGCACCUGGCAGACGUGCUGACCACAAAAUGGGCAGCACUGCAAGGCUGCUCCCCUCCUGAGUGCAUCCGCAUCUACCUGACCGUGGCCCGGAAAUGGCCUUUCUUUGGCGCCAAGCUCUUCGCUGCUCAGCCUGCCCAGGUGUCUUCCAAGGAAAACACUCUGCUGUGGAUUGCGGUGAAUGAGGAUGGUGUCAGCAUCCUGGACCACAACACUAUGCAAGUGCACAUCACUUACCCCUACUCUUCAGUGAUGACCUUUGGUGGCUGCAGGGAUGACUUCAUGCUUGUGAUUAAGUCCAUUCCAGACCAGAGCUCUGGAAAAGGCCAGAUUAAGAAGUUGAUUUUCCGGAUGGCUGCUCCCAAGAUUGCGGAAGCUACCUUCAUCAUGGCCAGCUACAUGAACCAUUGCUCGGCAAAUGUGAACCCAUCCACCAACCCGCCAGCAGCCCGUCAGCUGUGGGACCUGGAUGGACGACAGUUCUUUGCUUCUGUUUCCCGUGCUACCAAGGGGCCAACGUUGCUGUGA